CAUCAAUUAUCUUUCAUUUUUUAAUUAAAAAAGCAAAGACUUCAGAAGAAGAUAUUACUCUUGUUUAUUUCUUUAGCUCACACCUUCACUUAAAAUUGAUCCAUCAAUGGCUUCCUUCUUUAGUUCAUCUUACAGUGAGGAUGAGUCAUACACAAAGAAUCCACCCAAUAAAGCAUUUAGAAUCCACGAUGUGUUCUUAAGUUUCAGAGGAAAGGAUACACGUGCUUCCUUCACUUCACAUCUUAAUUCUUUUCUUGUAAAUUCUGGAAUCAAAGUUUUUAGGGACGAUGAUUCACUUCAAAGAGGAGAUCAAAUUUCAACUUCAAUAAAUCGAGCAAUUGAAGAAUCACACAUUGCUAUUGUUGUCUUUUCAAAAAACUACGCUGAUUCGCGAUGGUGUCUUGAUGAGUUGGUGAAGAUAAUGGAGUGUAGCAGAACCACAGGGCAAGUGGUUUUGCCAGUUUUCUAUGAUGUAGAUCCUUCGGAAGUUCGUCACCAAACUGGUGAGUUUGGCAAAGCGUAUCGAACUCUCUUAAAUCGACUUUCAAGUAAGACUUACAAAAUCACGGAACGGACUUGGAAGGCUGCGCUUCAUCAGGUAGCCGGAUUUGCAGGGUUUGUAGUGCUAAAUUCCAGGAAUGAAAGCGAGGCUAUUAAGGAUAUUGUUGAAAAAAUUGUGCGUUUGUUAGACAAGACGGACUUGUUCGUUGCUAAUAAUCCGGUAGGAGUUAAACCUCGAGUGGAAGAUAUGAUUCAACUGAUAGAAAAAACAAUGCAGCAACACACGUUUGAUAUGCCACAGUUCCAACAAAUGCAAAAUCCAUUUCAAAAACAACAAUUAAAAGAAGUUCAACUACUUGGGGUGUGGGGUAUGGGAGGGAUUGGCAAGACUACCAUUGCAAAAGCCAUUUACAAUAAAAUUGGCCGCAAUUUUGAUGGUAGGAGCUUCCUUGCAAAUAUUAGGGAAGUUUGGGAGAAAAAUAUUGGACCAGUUUCUUUACAAGAACAAAUUAUCUUUGAUAUUUGUAAAGAAAUGACGACCAAGAUACAUAACAUUGAGGAAGGAAAAAUUAAGUUGAGAGAUAUACUUUGCAAUAAAAGAGUACUUCUUGUACUUGAUGAUGUGAAUACACUGGAUCAGUUGAAUGCUUUGUGUGGAAGUCGGAAAUGGUUUGGUCCGGGUAGUAGAAUAAUUAUCACAAGUAGAGAUAUGCAUAUACUCAGAGGGGAUAGAGUUGAUCAAGUAUACACAAUGAAAGAAAUGAGUGAAAGUGAAUCACUUGAGCUUUUUAGUUGGCAUGCAUUCAAGCAAGCGAGGCCCAAACAAGAUUUUGCGGAAAUUUCAAGAAAUGUUGUGGACUAUUCCGGUGGGUUGCCGCUAGCACUUGAAGUCCUUGGGUCACAUUUGUUUGAUAGGAGGGUAACAGAAUGGGAGAAUGUAUUGGAAAAACUUAAAAAAAUUCCUAAUGAUCAAGUACAAAAGAAGUUAAAAAUAAGUUAUGAUGCUUUAAAUGAUGACACUGAGAAAGAAAUAUUCCUUGACAUAGCUUGUUUCUUUAUUGGGAUGGUUCGAAGUGAUGUUAUACAUAUAUUAAAUGGGUGUGAGCUUUAUGCAGAAAUUGGAAUAAAUGUUCUCGUGGAACAUAGCCUUGUGACUGUUGAUGAUAGGAACAGACUUGGAAUGCAUGAUUUGUUGCGAGAUAUGGGAAGAGAAAUCAUUCGUGAGAAAUCACCGAAGGAUCCUGAAGAGCGUAGUAGGUUAUGGUUUAGUAAGGACGUGCUUGAUGUACUAUCAGAACAAACAGGAACAAAAGUUGUUGAGGGACUGACUUUGAAACUGCCAAGAGCUAAUGAAAAAUGUUUCAGUACUAAAGCAUUUAAGAAGAUGAAAAGACUGAGAUUGCUUCAACUUGCCGGAGUACAACUUGAUGGGGAUUUUGAAUACCUUUCAAGGAAUUUGAGAUGGCUUUCUUGGAAUGGAUUUCCUUUAAAAUGCAUACCUACAAGCUUUUAUCAAGAAAAUUUAGUUUCCAUUGAGUUAGUAAACAGCAAUGUCAAAUUUCUUUGGAAAGAGGCUCAGAGGUUGGAAAAGUUGAAAAUUCUAAACCUUAGUCAUUCUCAUUCUCUGACACAGACCCCUGACUUCUCAAACAUGCCUAAUCUUGAAAAGCUAAUACUCGCUGAUUGUCCAAAGUUGUCUGAGAUUUCUCCUAGCAUUGGACAGCUCAGUAAAAUUCUUCUGAUAAAUUUGGAAGACUGUAUUAACAUUCGUAAACUCCCAAGAAGCAUAUACAAGUUAAAAUCACUGAAAACUCUUAUUCUUUCUGGGUGUUUAAAGAUUGACAAAUUGGAAGAUGACUUGCAAGAUAUGGCAUCUUUAACCAACCUAAUUGCAAAUAAUACUGCCAUAGCUAGAAUUCCCUUUUCAGUAGUAAGGUCUAAAAGCAUUGGAUAUAUUUCUCUCUGCGGUUAUGAAGGAUUCUCACAAGACGUGUUUCCAGCUAUCAUUUGGUCUUGGAUGUCACCGACAAAUAAUCUCCCAUCCCCAUUUCAAACAUCUGCUGGCAUGUCAUCUCUCGUUCGUAGUUCCCAUGAACUAUCAUCUAUGUCCAAGUACCUUCCAUGGUUUCGAUGUCUCUGGGUGGAGUGCAAAUCAGAACUUCAACUUUCUCGAGACACAGAAAUUAUUAUGAAUGCCUUAUAUGCCAAAAAUUCUGAAGAGUUAGAAUCAGCUGUUACUUCACAAGUAUCGAAUAUGAAAACUUCCGCGCUAAUUCAAUGCUACAGUCAAGCUCACAUUUCAAGAUCAAAAUCUUCAUUGAAGUCUUUGUUUAUUCAAGUUGGAAUGAAUUGUCAGGUCACCAAUAUUCUGAAAGAGAACAUUUUACAGAAUACGGGUGUCAAUGGGCGUGGCCGUCGUUCGCUCCCUGGUGAUAAUUAUCCAGAUUGGCUGACCUUCAAUUUCAAAGGUUCUUCUGUAAUAUUUGAAGUCCCUCGAGUGCAAGGGCGUAACUUAAAGACAAUGAUGUGCAUUGUCUAUUCUUCAUCCCCGGAUAACAUAGCAUCAGACGGCCUUACAAACUUGUUGGUAAAAAAUUACACAAAGGCCAACAUUCAACUUUAUAAAAGAGAGGCCUUAGUCUCUUUUGAAGACGAGGAGGGGGAGAGGGUAUUAUCAAGUUUAGAACCCGGUAACAAAGUCGAGAUUAUUGUUGUUUUUGGAAAAGGUUUCACAGUAAAGGAAACAAUAGUUUACCUUGUAUACGAUCAAUCCGUUGGAGAAAAAAAUGAUAUUGUGUUUAGUGGUGAUGAUAACGAAUGCUCUGUCAGGACAGACUUUCCGCAAGAGGGAGUCAUGGAUGAAAAAAUUGACGCUGCUGGUUUUAUCAAAUAUAGUUUCAGACAAUGGAUUACAGAUUUUAUGUGUAGAUUAGUGGAGUGCUGCGGAAAGUCAAAUUAAACUUGAGUAUGUAGGUGAAAGUCAUCGAUGUUUCCAAAAGUCUUUCAGUUUGAGAAGCAGGAUUGGAAUGCAUGAUUUAAGUUCAAAACAUAUACUUACAAAUUUAGAUUGCAAUGAAUACUUAGACCUCUCUUUUAAUUUUGCAAAAAUAAUACUAAACCAAUGUAUUCAAGAAAAAACACCACAUGAUGUAUACAUUUUAAUUUCCAUUCUCAAGGUUAUUGGUACAUUAUAUUCA